UUAGUAAGAUGGGUGCUAUUCAUAAAUUGUGGUUUUGUGUUUAUUUUAUAACUUUAUCCAAAUGUUUUGAUUGUCAAAAGCAAUGCAAGGAGGGUGAGUUUAGUUGUGGUGGAGAGGAAUGUAUUCCUAAGGCAUUAGUAUGUGAUGGAAAAUACGAUUGUUCGAACAUCGAGGAUGAGGCUUGGCAAGUGUGCGAAACAAAUUUAUGCAAUGUAACUCAAUUUCAUUGCGCCUAUGGAGCAUGCAUACCUUUAUCGGCGAAGUGUAACAAAAUUUUCGAUUGUGUAGACGGCUCGGAUGAAGAAUAUUGCGAAAUAAAAACCAUGCAAAAGUGUCCGAAGAAAUGGAUGGUUUCUUGUUUAUCUGGAGAAUGCAUUCGACAAGAUCAAAUGUGUGAUGGUAUAAAAGAUUGCGUUGAUAAUUCAGAUGAAACAUUUUCAACAUGCUCAAAUUUUAGAUGUCCUGAGGAUACUUUCAAAUGCCAUUAUGGAGCAUGUGUUGACUUGGAUGUAAAAUGUAAUGGAAUACGUGAAUGUGUAGAUUACUCCGAUGAAUUGCUUCCAGAAUGCAAAAUCAAAUUGAAUAUAACUUUGGCGGAAAUUUGUGGCGAGAAUAGCUUCAGAUGUAAUAGUGGUUUAUGCAUAAAGAAAGAACAAUUAUGUGACGGAGUUAGACACUGUGAUGAUGGGUCUGAUGAAACAAUCGGUCAAUGCAAGCAUUCUACAUGUCUCAAAAAAAGGCGGUGCAAUUAUGGUCCGUGCUCGUAUUACCCACGCUGUGGAGAUGAGUUUAGUUCUUUUGUACCAAAACAAUCUACAAUACAUGGAGGAGAAAAUCGACCAUCACUUCCUGGAAAUUUGAUGACCCCCGAAUGUCAUUUUCCAUCUCAACCAGAAAAUGGUAAUGUGAUGACAAACACUGGAACGAUACCAAAACCAAAUGAAAUUGCUCCAACAUGGACUAUUUUAAUUUAUACUUGCAAUAAAGGCUACUCUUUAGGAACUGCGCAAUCGGUUCUUGUAUGUAUGAAUGGUCAAUGGACAAAUCCUAUACCAAAAUGCUUGAAAACAUGCCCAGCGUUAAAAUCGGAAAAUCAUGAAAUUGAAUGUAAACUUGAUGGCAAGAUAAUUCCAUGUGAACAAGCUUGUGAGGGUACAGUAGCGAAUAUUAAGUGCAAAGAAUCCCUCGACAGUUUUAUUUAUCAACCUUAUAAUGGAAUUGAAUGUAAUGAUACUGGAAAAUGGUCCAAUGAGUUAUUCGAUUGUAAUCCAGCAUGUGGCAAAUUAAUUCCAAAAGCAAAAGCUUUAGUAAUCCAUGGGUAUACUGCAGCAAAAGGUGAAUUCCCAUGGCAUGCUGGAAUUUAUAAGCGUGAUUCAGUCGAAGAUGAUAGUUACGAACAAAUCUGUGGUGGAACUUUAAUAUCAGAAAAAGUCAUUGUUUCGGCUGCUCAUUGCUUUUGGGAUUGGAAUGAAAAUAAACCAAAUAUGGAAAUUAAAAAAUAUUCCGUGGCUGUUGGUAAAUUUUAUCGAACAUGGAACAAUACGAAAGAUAAAGAUGCUCAGUACAGUGAGUUACAACGUAUUAUUCUGCCAAAUAAAUUUCGAGCAGAGGAAAGUAGUUUUGCUAAUGAUAUUGCAAUACUGAUAUUAAAUAAAACAAUUAAAUUUACACCAAGGGUUCGACCUGUUUGUGUUGAUUGGGGAAAUGAAUUGUAUAAAAUUCUACUUAAGCCAGGAGCACUGGGUACCGUUGCUGGAUGGGGUUUAACUGAGGAAUUUGGAUUUGCUUCAGAAGAAUUACAAGCCGUAAGAAUGCCUUAUGUUGAAUAUGAUACAUGUGUUAGUAAUCUACCAGACACAUUUAGACCUUUUAUUACUAACGAUAAAAUUUGUGCUGGUUACAAUAAUGGCACGAGUAUUUGCACUGGCGAUAGCGGAGGUGGUAUAACCUUCAAAAAAAGUAAUCGAUAUUUCAUAGAAGGAGUUGUAAGUGUUGCUCCAGCAAAAGGGGCCACUUGUGAUUCAUAUCAAUAUGUGGCCUUCACCAGUGUCCCUCAACAUUUGGAUUUUAUUAUGGAAAUUGACAGAAAAACCAAUUAAUUAAUGUAGUUAUGCGACAUCAAUGAGCUUUUAUGAUUAUAUCAAAAUCCCAAUUUUCAACAGCAUGAAUCGAGUUCUAAUUUUCGCAAAAAUACUCUAAAAUGUAAUACUUAUAUUAUCCAAUAACUGAGAAUCGAUUGAAUCAAAUUCACAAGUAACGCUUAUUUUUCUGUACAAUUCUUUUCUUUUUAUAA